CGCCCAGGGGAAGGGGACCAUGGGGGAAGCGGCGGCAGGCGCCCCCAGUCCGCCGCGCGCCGCCGCCUGAGGAGGCUCGGCGCCCCCCGCCGCAGCCCCCCGCCCCGCGCCCGCGCCCGCGCCUCGGAGCCCCGCGGUUGCCGGCUCCGUGGCCACGGCCGCCGCGCCCUCCGCCCACCGGGCGCCGCGCCGCCCUCGGGCCCCAGGCUUCGCCGGCGCCCGGCUGCCCGCGGACGCCCUUCCCCAGUCAUGAACCCCCCGGAGGGGGCAUCGGAGGAAGGGGGAGCCGCCGACUCGGACGUGGACGCCUUUUUCCGGACAGGAUCUUUUCGGAAUGAUGGUUUGAAAGCUUCUGAUGUCCUUCCUAUCCUAAAGGAGAAAGUGGCCUUUGUGUCUGGGGGGCGUGACAAGAGAGGUGGGCCCAUCCUGACCUUCCCUGCCCGAAGCAAUCAUGACAGAAUAAGACAGGAAGACCUACGGAAACUCGUGACGUAUUUGGCCAGCGUGCCAAGUGAGGACGUUUGCAAACGUGGCUUCACCGUCAUCAUCGACAUGCGGGGCUCCAAGUGGGACCUCAUCAAGCCCCUCCUCAAGACGCUGCAGGAAGCCUUUCCCGCUGAGAUCCAUGUGGCCCUCAUCAUCAAGCCUGACAACUUCUGGCAAAAGCAGAAGACCAACUUUGGCAGCUCCAAAUUCAUCUUUGAGACGAGCAUGGUAUCUGUGGAAGGCCUCACGAAGCUGGUGGACCCCUCCCAGCUGACAGAGGAGUUUGACGGCUCCCUGGAUUAUAACCAUGAGGAGUGGAUUGAGUUGCGCCUCUCCUUGGAGGAGUUCUUCAACAGUGCGGUACACCUGCUCUCACGUCUUGAGGACCUGCAGGAGAUGCUGGCCCGGAAGGAGUUCCCUGUGGAUGUGGAGGGCUCUCGGAGGCUUAUCGACGAGCACACACAACUUAAGAAAAAGGUGCUGAAGGCCCCCGUGGAAGAGCUGGACCGGGAGGGGCAGCGGCUACUGCAGUGCAUCCGCUGCAGUGAUGGCUUCUCAGGGCGCAACUGCAUCCCAGGAAGUGCCGACUUCCAGAGCCUUGUACCCAAGAUCACCAGCCUCCUGGACAAGCUGCAUUCCACCCGACAACACCUGCACCAGAUGUGGCAUGUACGAAAGCUCAAACUGGAUCAGUGCUUCCAGCUGCGGCUCUUCGAGCAGGAUGCUGAGAAGAUGUUCGACUGGAUAAGCCACAACAAGGAGUUGUUUCUUCAGAGCCACACAGAGAUCGGAGUCAGCUACCAGCAUGCACUAGACCUCCAGACACAGCACAAUCACUUUGCCAUGAACUCCAUGAAUGCCUAUGUCAACAUCAACCGCAUCAUGUCCGUCGCUUCCCGCCUCUCAGAGGCUGGCCAUUAUGCCUCCCAGCAAAUCAAGCAGAUCUCCACACAGCUAGACCAGGAGUGGAAGAGCUUUGCCGCUGCCCUGGAUGAACGCAGUACAAUCUUGGCCAUGUCAGCUGUGUUCCACCAGAAGGCAGAACAGUUUCUGUCAGGAGUGGAUGCCUGGUGUAAGAUGUGCAGCGAAGGCGGCCUUCCUUCUGAGAUGCAGGACCUGGAGCUGGCAAUCCACCACCACCAGUCCUUGUAUGAGCAGGUGACCCAGGCCUACACAGAGGUCAGCCAGGAUGGAAAAGCAUUACUGGAUGUCCUGCAGCGUCCCCUGAGUCCUGGGAACUCCGAGUCCCUCACAGCCACAGCCAACUACUCCAAGGCGGUCCACCAGGUGCUGGAUGUGGUACACGAGGUACUGCACCACCAGCGGCGGCUUGAGAGCAUCUGGCAGCACCGCAAGGUGCGGCUUCACCAGCGGCUGCAACUGUGUGUCUUCCAGCAGGAUGUGCAGCAGGUGCUGGACUGGAUUGAAAACCAUGGCGAGGCCUUUCUCAGCAAACACACUGGGGUUGGCAAGUCCUUGCAUCGAGCACGGGCACUACAGAAGAGACAUGAUGACUUUGAAGAAGUGGCUCAGAAUACAUACACCAAUGCGGACAAGCUCCUAGAAGCAGCAGAGCAGCUGGCUCAGACUGGGGAAUGUGACCCAGAGGAGAUCUACAAGGCAGCCCGACACCUGGAGGUGCGCAUCCAAGACUUUGUGCGCAGAGUGGAGCAGCGGAAACUCCUUCUGGACAUGUCGGUCUCUUUCCACACGCACACCAAAGAGCUGUGGACAUGGAUGGAGGACCUUCAGAAGGAGGUACUGGAGGAUGUCUGUGCAGACUCUGUGGAUGCGGUCCAGGAGCUGAUCAAGCAGUUCCAACAGCAGCAGACCGCUACUCUGGAUGCCACUCUCAAUGUCAUCAAGGAAGGCGAAGACCUAAUCCAGCAGCUCAGGUCAGCGCCUCCCUCCCUGGGGGAGCCCACCGAGGCCAGGGACUCAGCGGUAUCCAACAACAAGACACCCCACAGUAGUUCUAUCAGCCAUAUUGAGUCUGUCCUCCAGCAGCUGGACGAUGCUCAGGUGCAGAUGGAGGAGCUGUUUCAUGAGCGGAAGAUCAAGCUGGACAUCUUCCUGCAGCUACGGAUCUUUGAACAGUACACCAUUGAGGUCACCGCAGAGCUGGAUGCUUGGAACGAGGACUUGCUCCGGCAGAUGAAUGACUUCAACACAGAGGAUCUGACCCUGGCAGAGCAGCGGCUACAGCGCCACACAGAACGGAAGCUUGCCAUGAACAACAUGACGUUUGAGGUCAUCCAGCAGGGCCAGGACCUGCACCAAUAUAUCAUGGAAGUGCAAGCCUCAGGAAUCGAGUUAAUCUGUGAAAAAGACAUUGACCUGGCAGCUCAGGUGCAGGAGUUACUGGAGUUUCUCCACGAAAAGCAGCAUGAACUGGAGCUCAAUGCGGAGCAGACACACAAGCGGCUAGAGCAGUGUCUCCAGCUACGGCACCUCCAGGCUGAGGUCAAACAGGUUCUGGGAUGGAUCCGCAAUGGAGAGUCGAUGCUCAACGCCAGCCUGGUCAACGCCAGCUCUUUGUCUGAGGCAGAGCAGCUGCAGCGGGAGCAUGAACAGUUCCAGCUAGCCAUCGAGUCCCUCUUUCAUGCCACUUCCUUGCAGAAGACGCACCAGAGCGCCCUGCAGGUACAGCAGAAGGCAGAGGCACUGCUCCAGGCCGGCCACUAUGACGCUGAUGCCAUCCGGGAAUGUGCUGAGAAGGUGGCCCUCCACUGGCAACAGCUCAUGCUAAAGAUGGAGGACCGGCUGAAACUUGUCAACGCCUCUGUGGCCUUUUACAAGACCUCUGAGCAGGUGUGCAGUGUUCUGGAGAGCUUGGAGCAGGAGUACCGGAGAGACGAGGACUGGUGUGGCGGGAGAGACAAGCUGGGUCCGGCAGCAGAGAUGGACCACGUCAUUCCACUGCUCAGCAAGCAUCUGGAGCAGAAGGAGGCCUUCCUGAAGGCCUGCACUCUGGCACGGCGGAACGCUGAGGUGUUCCUCAAGUACAUCCACAGGAACAAUGUGAGCAUGCCCAGUGUUGCCAGCCACACCAGGGGACCCGAACAGCAAGUAAAAGCCAUCUUGAGUGAGCUCUUGCAGAGGGAGAAUCGCGUCCUGCACUUCUGGACCUUGAAGAAGCGGCGGUUAGACCAGUGUCAGCAAUAUGUGGUGUUUGAGCGGAGUGCUAAGCAGGCACUAGACUGGAUCCAAGAAACAGGAGAAUAUUACCUCUCAACACAUACCUCCACCGGAGAGACCACGGAAGAGACUCAGGAACUGCUGAAAGAGUAUGGAGAAUUCAGGGUGCCUGCCAAGCAAACAAAGGAGAAGGUGAAGCUGCUGAUCCAGCUAGCAGACAGCUUUGUGGAAAAGGGCCACAUCCAUGCCACAGAGAUACGGAAAUGGGUGACCACGGUGGACAAGCACUAUCGAGAUUUCUCCCUGAGGAUGGGGAAGUACCGGUACUCCCUGGAGAAAGCCCUGGGAGUCAACACGGAGGAUAACAAGGACCUAGAGCUGGACAUCAUCCCAGCAAGCCUUUCGGAUCGGGAGGUCAAGCUCCGGGAUGCUAACCAUGAGGUCAAUGAAGAGAAACGGAAGUCAGCUCGGAAGAAAGAAUUCAUUAUGGCUGAACUGCUUCAGACGGAGAAGGCUUAUGUAAGGGACUUGCACGAGUGCUUGGAGACCUACCUGUGGGAAAUGACCAGCGGUGUGGAGGAGAUACCCCCUGGGAUCCUCAAUAAGGAGCACAUCAUCUUUGGCAACAUCCAGGAGAUCUAUGACUUCCAUAACAACAUCUUCCUCAAAGAGCUGGAGAAGUACGAACAGCUGCCUGAGGAUGUGGGACACUGCUUUGUUACCUGGGCAGACAAAUUUCAGAUGUAUGUCACCUACUGUAAAAACAAGCCUGAUUCCAACCAGCUGAUCCUGGAGCAUGCAGGCACCUUCUUUGAUGAGAUCCAGCAGCGGCAUGGCCUGGCCAACUCCAUCUCUUCCUACUUAAUUAAGCCUGUCCAGAGGGUCACCAAGUACCAGCUGCUCCUGAAGGAACUUUUAACUUGCUGUGAAGAAGGGAAAGGGGAACUCAAGGAUGGCCUGGAGGUGAUGCUCAGUGUCCCCAAGAAAGCCAAUGAUGCCAUGCAUGUCAGCAUGCUGGAAGGGUUCGAUGAGAACUUGGAUGUACAGGGGGAGUUGAUUCUCCAGGAUGCCUUUCAAGUGUGGGACCCAAAGUCGCUGAUCCGGAAGGGGCGGGAGCGACAUCUGUUCCUCUUUGAGAUCUCCUUGGUGUUUAGCAAAGAGAUCAAAGACUCUUCAGGACACACGAAAUAUGUUUACAAGAACAAGCUACUGACCUCAGAGCUGGGUGUGACCGAACAUGUAGAAGGCGACCCCUGCAAAUUCGCCUUGUGGUCUGGGCGCACCCCAUCCUCAGACAAUAAAACAGUGCUCAAAGCUUCCAACAUCGAAACUAAGCAGGAAUGGAUCAAGAACAUUCGAGAAGUGAUUCAGGAAAGGAUCAUUCAUCUUAAAGGCGCUUUAAAGGAGCCAAUCCAGCUCCCCAAAACACCAGCCAAACUGAGGAACAAUAGUAAGAGGGAUGGGGUAGAGGAUGGUGACAGCCAAGGGGAUGGGAGCAGCCAGCCAGAUACCAUAUCCAUUGCCUCCAGGACCUCUCAGAACACAGUGGAGAGUGACAAGCUCUCAGGUGGAUGUGAGCUGACUGUGGUCCUCCAGGACUUCAGCGCAGGCCACAGCAGUGAGCUGAGCAUCCAGGUGGGGCAGACUGUGGAGCUGCUGGAACGCCCCAGUGAGAGGCCCGGCUGGUGUCUGGUCCGCACCACAGAGCGGAGCCCCCCGCAGGAAGGCCUGGUCCCCAGCAGCGCCCUGUGCAUCUCCCACUCGCGCAGCAGCGUGGAAAUGGACUGCUUCUUCCCCUUGGUGAAAGAUUCAUACUCUCAUUCCUCCAGUGAGAAUGGAGGCAAGUCCGAGUCCGUGGCCAACCUGCAGUCUCAGCCCUCCCUGAACUCCAUCCACAGUUCCCCUGGUCCCAAGCGCUCCACCAACACUCUCAAAAAGUGGCUGACCAGCCCUGUGCGCCGCCUCAACAGCGGAAAAGCAGACGGAAAUAUCAAAAAGCAGAAGAAAGUCCGGGAUGGGCGGAAGAGCUUCGACCUGGGAUCACCCAAGCCUGGGGAUGAGACGACCCCUCAGGGAGACAGCGCUGAUGAGAAGAGCAAGAAGGGUUGGGGUGAAGACGAGCCAGAUGAAGAGUCACAUACCCCUCUCCCUCCGCCCAUGAAGAUCUUUGACAACGACCCCACCCAGGAUGAGAUGUCCUCUUUGCUAGCAGCCCGGCAGGCUCCCACUGACGUGCCUACUGCUGCAGACCUUGUCAGUGCAAUAGAAAAGUUGGUCAAAAGUAAGCUGACUCUGGAAGGAGGCUCUUACCGGGGGAGCUUGAAGGACCCUACAGGCUGCCUGAAUGAGGGGAUGACCCCUCCCACGCCUCCUAGAAACCUGGAAGAAGAACAGAAAGCCAAGGCUCUGAGAGGCAGGAUGUUUGUCCUGAAUGAGUUGGUACAGACAGAGAAGGACUACGUCAAGGACCUGGGGAUUGUGGUGGAGGGCUUCAUGAAGAGAAUAGAAGAGAAAGGGGUCCCCGAGGACAUGCGAGGGAAGGAAAAGAUCGUGUUUGGAAACAUCCACCAGAUUUAUGACUGGCAUAAAGAUUUUUUCCUGGCUGAACUGGAAAAAUGUAUCCAAGAGCAAGACAGAUUGGCCCAGCUCUUCAUUAAACAUGAGCGGAAGCUGCACAUCUACGUGUGGUACUGCCAGAACAAGCCACGUUCUGAGUACAUCGUGGCUGAAUACGAUGCCUACUUUGAGGAAGUUAAACAAGAGAUCAAUCAAAGGCUGACCCUUAGUGACUUCCUUAUCAAGCCCAUUCAGAGAAUAACGAAGUACCAGCUGCUACUCAAGGACUUCCUGCGAUACAGCGAGAAGGCUGGUUUGGAGUGUUCCGAUAUCGAGAAAGCAGUGGAGUUAAUGUGCCUUGUCCCCAAGCGCUGUAAUGACAUGAUGAAUCUGGGACGCCUGCAGGGCUUUGAGGGCACCCUGACCGCCCAGGGCAAGCUUCUACAGCAGGACACAUUCUAUGUGAUCGAGCUGGAUGCUGGCAUGCAGUCCCGGACCAAGGAGAGGCGUGUGUUUCUCUUUGAGCAGAUCGUCAUCUUCAGUGAACUGCUCCGAAAGGGGUCCCUCACCCCAGGCUACAUGUUCAAAAGGAGCAUCAAGAUGAAUUACUUGGUCCUGGAAGACAAUGUGGAUGAUGACCCCUGCAAAUUUGCACUCAUGAACAGAGAGACUUCAGAAAGGGUCAUUCUGCAGGCUGCGAAUUCAGACAUCCAGCAGGCCUGGGUGCAGGACAUCAAUCAAGUCCUAGAAACACAGAGGGACUUCUUAAAUGCACUACAGUCACCCAUCGAGUAUCAACGGAAGGAGAGGAGCACAGCUGUGAUCCGGUCCCAGCCCCCUAGGGUUCCACAAGCCAGCCCCAGGCCCUAUUCUGGGCCAGUGGGCUCAGAGAAGCCCCCCAAGGGCUCCAGCUACAACCCACCUCUGCCACCCCUGAAGAUAUCUACCUCCAAUGGCAGUCCAGGGUUCGACUACCACCAGCCUGGGGACAAGUUUGACGCUAGCAAGCAGAACGACCUGGGAGGCUGCAAUGGGACAUCAUCCAUGGCUGUAAUCAAAGAUUACUAUGCACUGAAGGAGAACGAAAUUUGUGUGAGCCAAGGUGAGGUGGUCCAGGUCCUCGCCGUCAACCAGCAGAACAUGUGUCUGGUGUACCAGCCUGCCAGUGAUCAUUCCCCAGCAGCAGAGGGCUGGGUCCCAGGCAGCAUCCUGGCACCCCUCACCAAAGCCACAGCAGCAGCUGAAAGUAGUGACGGGAGCAUCAAGAAGUCAUGCUCUUGGCACACUCUACGCAUGAGAAAGCGGGCAGACGUGGAGAACACGGGUAAAAAUGAAGCCACAGGGCCUCGUAAACCCAAGGAUUUUCUGGGCAACAAAGUCUCUGUUAAAGAGACGAACAGUUCCGAGGAGUCAGAGUGUGAUGAUCUUGACCCUAAUACUAGUAUGGAGAUCUUGAAUCCAAAUUUCAUCCAGGAAGUGGCUCCGGAAUUCCUUGUGCCCUUAGUAGAUGUGACCUGCUUGCUUGGAGACACAGUGAUACUACAGUGCAAAGCCUGUGGGCGGCCAAAGCCCAGCAUCACCUGGAAGGGUCCAGAUCAGAACAUUCUAGAUACUGACAACACUUCAGCCACAUACACCAUCUCCUCCUGUGAUUCUGGGGAAAGCACGCUCAAGAUCUGCAACCUGAUGCCCCAAGACAGCGGGAUUUAUACCUGUAUAGCAACUAAUGAUCACGGAACCGCAUCCACGUCCGCUACCGUUAAAGUGCAAGGUGUUCCCGCAGCCCCCAACCGCCCAAUCGCACAGGAGAGGAGCUGCACCUCCGUCAUCCUCCGCUGGCUGCCCCCAGCCAGCACCGGGAACUGCACUAUUUCGGGGUACACAGUGGAGUACCGCGAGGAAGGUUCCCAGGUCUGGCAGCAGUCCAUAGCUUCGACCUUGGACACUUACCUGGUCAUUGAAGACCUUAGUCCUGGGUGCCCUUAUCAGUUCCGGGUCAGUGCCAGCAACCCCUGGGGAAUCAGCCUUCCCAGUGAGCCCUCGGAGUUUGUGCGCCUCCCAGAGUACGACGCGGCCGCCGACGGUGCCACCAUUUCUUGGAAGGAAAAUUUUGACUCUGCUUACACCGAACUGAACGAGAUUGGCAGGGGCCGUUUCUCUAUUGUAAAGAAAUGCAUUCACAAAGCUACUCGCAAAGAUGUUGCUGUGAAAUUUGUGAGCAAAAAAAUGAAGAAGAAGGAGCAGGCUGCACAUGAGGCUGCCCUGCUCCAGCACCUGCAGCACCCUCAGUAUGUCACUCUCCAUGACACGUACGAGUCCCCCACAUCCUACAUCCUGAUUUUGGAACUGAUGGAUGAUGGCCGACUCUUGGACUACCUUAUGAAUCAUGAUGAGCUGAUGGAAGAAAAGGUAGCUUUCUACAUUCGAGACAUCACAGAAGCCCUGCAGUACCUUCACAACUGCAGGGUCGCACACUUGGACAUAAAGCCUGAAAACCUGCUCAUUGACCUCCGGAUCCCAGUGCCUCGAGUGAAGCUCAUCGACUUGGAAGACGCUGUCCAGAUCUCAGGCCACUUCCACAUCCACCAUCUGCUGGGCAACCCUGAGUUUGCUGCCCCUGAAGUGAUCCAAGGCAUCCCUGUCUCCCUAGGCACAGACAUCUGGAGCAUCGGGGUUCUGACAUAUGUCAUGCUUAGUGGGGUCUCCCCCUUCUUAGAUGAGAGCAAAGAGGAGACCUGUAUCAACGUGUGCAGGGUGGACUUUAGCUUCCCCCAUGAAUACUUCUGCGGUGUGAGCAAUGCUGCCAGGGAUUUCAUCAACGUAACCUUACAGGAAGACUUCCGGAGGCGGCCCACAGCGGCCACGUGCCUGCAGCAUCCCUGGCUCCAGCCCCACAACGGCAGCUACUCCAAGAUCCCCUUGGACACCUCCCGUCUGGCCUGCUUCAUAGAACGCCGCAAGCACCAGAAUGAUGUGCGGCCCAUCCCCAAUGUCAAGAGUUACAUCGUCAACAGGGUGAACCAAGGGACCUAGCUAUCCCACAACCCCUGAGGUUUCACAUAGAAGCGCAGUGUGAACCAAAGCAAGACUGAGCAUGGUGUCUGUAAAUAACUCUCUUCAUCAUUUCACUCCAUGUGGUUCUCUAGAUUGAGAGGUGGUCCUCUGAAACCUUGUCUGUGCUUACGUGGGGUCUGAGCACCGUGGAAGUCACCUUCAUCCCAGGAGCGUUCCAGAAGGUCAUGCUGAAGAAGUAAAGAAGCAGAGCUGCAGAAAGUAUUAAAAGAAAGGGCAAGGCUGACAAGAGAGCACUUGGUAUAAAAAUGUUAAUUGUACAUUCCAAAAUGAGCAGUUAAGUGGGAAAACCGCACACCCACUGUGAGCAGUAUAGUAGGUUUCUGACUCCAUUGAAAAUGUAAGCAAAAAAAGUUCUAUUUAACAGAGAUGUCAACUAUUCUGCUUUAGAUGGCUUAGAUAUAGUUUCUUAACAGGAUACAUAUACACAUACAAUAUAAUAGAUCCCAUUCAGGUUUCAGAGUUUUAUAAUAUAGAGUUCUAUAUGAAAUCAAUCUUAAGUAACUUUGAGUGCUCCCGUUAAGACAGUAAUUUAUUUACCGAAGCAUUGCAUUAUUUUGACUAAGCACAAUUAGAUGAGGAGUUUUUUAGAGCAUUUUAUAAAUCUUGUAUAGAAAUCUUUUAUCAGAACCUGCGUAUUAAGAGAAAGCAAUGUGACCCUUUUGCAAUCUGUGAAUGGGAUAUUUUUCCUCCGUCAUGGGUUGUUUGAAUAAGAUAGGUUCUGUAUAUCAAAGCUUCCCCCCUGAACUCACUGGUAGCUCAGAGCUAUGGGAAAGACUGCCAGGAAAUAAAUCCAAGUCUAGUAAGAGUUGGGGGGUUGUUUUUAUGUCCACCCUGGGCCUGCCACAGGUAAAUGAAUAUCACAAGUUCAUUCAGAAGGGCACACGGAAACUUUUCCUACAGUUCCUGUGACCAGUGUAGCAGCUCUUUCUGAUUUUAUAGCUGUAGAAUACAGUUUUCAGAAAGUUAGCUUGCUUUAUUCCUAACCCCUCAUGAAGCUUUGGGGUGCUUACCCAAAGGAGGCAGCCAUAAAAGCCUUUUAGAGGCUAGUCCUAAGUCCUUCCUGAAGCCAUGGAGCAAAGCCUGACCCAUCACUCUAACACAGCAUGGGGCUUUGUGAUAGCAAUACCUGUCACCACACAGCCACCAAUGUCUCUGGACUAAAAGGACCAAUUGUAUUCUGAGGCCAGUGCUUCCUUCUCCAUACAAGAUUAUGUCCGGUGCCCUCUGGAGGGAAAGCAAAUUAACCAGGGCACAUCAUGGUUUUUUGUUUUGUUUGUUUUUGGUUUUGCUUUUUUUUCUUCUUCUGUUGGAAGGGGGAUGGGGGAAGUUUUUUUUUUUUCCUGUUUGUACAUGAUCCACCCUUUGUUUCCUAGAGUGUGCUUUAAAAAUUGCUUUGAUGCAAAUAAUUUAAGUUCUUUUAAAAAAUAUAACUUGUGUAAUGUUUGUGUAAAUCGGGUUUCACAUCAUCAUGUUGCCCCUGCUAGUGGGAACUGAGAAAACGGAAAUUAUGUAGCACAAAGUGCAAUCAGAGAAUUUGGGAUGGGAAAAUGGAACUGCAAAACUAUUUCAACUGUUUAAAGGGUGGGAACAGUCUAAUUUUAAUGUAUAAAGACACUUAUUCCCAUGGUGGAAAUAUAGAAUUAAAAGACUCGUCACCCCCUCUCCCCCAUCAGUUGCAAAGUCAGAUUAUUCAUCAUCCGCCCUCCAUCACAGCUCAUCCAAGAUUAUAGGGAAAUAAAUUAGAAGAAAGUAAAAGCAAUAAGACUAGAUAGCACCUAGUACUGGGGGGAUUAACCAAGUAUGGAGAAACCGACUCUGACUAUAGUCUCCUUGCCUCUGGGUGGCUCUGGGUCAGGUGACUUCACUCCUUCAUGGUCUUCACUUAAGUCACGAUGCAUACACAAAAUGUGCUUACUAAGGCUUUUUUAAAUAAACGUGUCUUUAUUAAGAAAUGUAGCAUUAGGGGGGAAGGCCUUAGGCCAGAGAGCUUAUUGUAGGAUAAAAUGCAGAUUCUGAGGACUCCAAAGAUCCAGAAAGUGACAUGGCUAGGUCUCUUCUGUCUGCCUGUCCACCCUGGCUGUCUUGAAAGAAGGGCUUCCUGCUGAGUCACUUAAAGUUGUUCUGACCAGUCAAGUUUCUGCUAGGGAGGGCCAGAGCCUAGGGCAGUGGUGUUCAGAUGCUACAGAAGCGCCAUAGUGAAAGCCUGUUGUAUGUGGCAGAGCUCUAUGGAGAGCCAAGUUUUCCCAGCCUUGUUUGUGUCAGAGUUGGGAUGGUCAAGACAUGAGGCUACAUGAAAUUGCCCCAGGUACACAGUAUGACUGUGAGAGUAGUGUAAGCUUCAGGGACAGACAAAGAGAAAGGGGGCAUUCUUUGUGUAGUGUGAUGACCGAAGUGAACAGGGAGGACCCUGUCUACAAAGCACCUGAUCCCUCCAAUGGGGAGCAAGAUCGUCUUGGCUGGAGAAUUCUCCCUAGCAAGGUGGGAAUUAGGAAGAAAAAAACCCAUUGACAGGGCUAGGAAAUAUAGUUUGGAGUACAAUUGUGCUCAACAGUGGCUGGAGAAGAAGAACCCAGGAUCAUUCUCCUGUACCUGUUUUAACAGGGAGACCUAGUACUAGGAGAGAAGCGGGGGGGAGAGAAAAAUCUCCCACUCCUAAUCCCAUCCCAAUAGUUCUUGCUGAGAGUGAGCUGCCAGCUGACCCCAGGAGAGCAACAGCACUGGUCGAAAGUCUAAAGUCUAAAGAUUUCUUGUUUGGCUUCUGUUCAUCUUUUUGAGCUUGUUUGUUUUGUGUUAAAAGGGUGGGGCACAGAAAGAUGGAAAAGAUCAGGGCCAACCCAGGAUUCCUGAUGAGAAAGAACUCUAAUGAUUUUUGUGCCAUUUACAUUUGUUUUGAAUUAAACGGAUUUCUACCCACUUAUAACUGAAUGUGGUUAAAAAAAAAAAACUGUUAAGAAAAAAAAAAAAACAUCGAAACGUUGGAUGUGUCCGUCAGGUCUCUCCUAGCCACCAGCAACCUGAGUGGGUAGAGGAGGCAGAGAGGAGCACAGGCUCAGCUUUGUGUUUCACAAAGCCUUUAUAAAUAGUAGUGCCUUUAGGAGGGGAGGUGGAGAGUGAAGUUCACUUGCAUUUAGGUUUAAGGUAUGUUUUAAAUGAGAAUGUAGGAUGGGAACAGGAAUUUUUGAGUCUCCAUCUCAGCUAUUCCAAACUCAUUCUUUCUUCCAGAAAGUCUUUUUGUUGUUUUCUGGUCCAAAUGUCCCCACUGAUAAAAUGGAAUUUGGGGAGAAGGAGAAAGAACACUAAUCUCUUAAGAAUGUUGAGAGAAAUAUCCUUGUUGACACAUCUAUAAGAUAUUUUGAUUUUCUUCAAGUGCUACACACUGCCAGUGUUUAGAAUUUUAUUGACCAUAACUUUGAACAUUCCAGUUUCCCGCAGUCUUAUCUUUGGGUACAGUUUACAAACUCCUGAGGUUAACCUCUGUAAAUUGCUUCUCAUUGGAAGGUCUGGGUCCUUCUCGUCUAUAUGUUAUUUGUUCUUACCUUAUAAUUUCUAACCUCUAAGAGCUUGUCUACAGAAAAGGGCUUGGGAGAGCUGAGGAGGCCUUAAAUGUCCAUAAGCUCUUUUCUACAGUAUUUCUUAUGGUGGACAUGAGAGUCUGAGCCAGCCAUUCCUUUCAUGCCUUCCAAGACAGUCAGCCAUUCCUUUCUCUUACCAGGCUUUAUGCUGGAGGGUUGGGGGGUGGAAAAAGAAGAAUCCAAAUAGCUACUUUCCUCACUGGAAGGACAGAUGUGAGAAUCGAACACACUUCCUACGCUCCCUGUCACAAAUCAUUUCUUUAGGAAUCUUCUAGAAAAGGCAAGUGAUACCUACAGUGGGAAAGAGAAUUAGAUUUUGGAGAAAGAGAGCUUUGGCUCUGCUCUUCGAGGGUUGUCUUCUGUUGUCUCCAAUCCUCUAUGCCUAUGGCCCACCCACCCUUCCUCUUUUCUUGCUUAUCUUGAAAAAUAUGGCAAGUUAGAUUUUUGAGAAUAUGAUGGGGAAAAUGCCAUCUAAAGUAAACAGUGGUUAUUUUUCUGGGCUAAUAGAAACUCUCUCCUCUAUACCUGAUAAAGGGAAAUAAAUUGAACCCAAAGGGUCUCUGUAGUAGACAAAAGUACACAAUCCUCACAUCCUAGGACAGCCCAUGAAUUGCACUGGGUAAGUUUUGAGGAACACAGACCAUAUUCUUUUCUUGCCUGGGUAACAUUCCAGUGGAGUCUGGGUGAGGCAAACAUAUAUAAGCUUUCAACAGAUUUAUCCAUUAAAAAAACCUCUCAUUAUUUUUCUUGCUAUUUGAAAUUUAAAGACCUUUAGGGAAGGAAUUAUUAGACCCAGAGUAGGCUAAAGAAAAUGCUCACAUAGAUUCCACCAACAAAAAAGAAGAUACUAUGAUAGUAAUUAUUUUCUGAAAACAGUAAGGCUCUCACUGCCUCAUUCAUUUUAAAGAGCUCAAAGGAGCUGAAAUUUAUCUAUAGAUGGAGUUUUUAAAUAGGAAAUGUUUUUCAUGAAGAAUCCAUAUGGAAAUUGAACACAGAAAUAUCAUAUGGCCAUAUUUGUUAAGAAAGACAUUUUCCCCUUAUUUUUUUAAAAAUAUAAGUUGAUGUUAUAGGAGAAGAAAACGGUCAUUCUACUACAAUGCUUUAACCUUAAAUGACAUUAAUUAAAAGCCUAAAAUUAAUACUCCCAGGCUAUUGUCAAGAACUCCCAAACUGUGUUCAGAUCUCGUUCUUAUCUGAAUGACCAACCCAACAGUUCCGUCAGAUAACCUACUUCAGAAGGGGGAAGAGCAAGGAAAAGUGCAGAUAGCAAGUCUUGGAACUCCUGAGCACUGAUUUAACCAAGUACUUCUGCCAGUGCAGGGAUAGGAGUUGCAUUAAUCCCCCAUUUCCAUCAAGAACUAAGUCCGCAUGCCGGAGUCCACGGAGACCGUUACUGUGACCUCAAAGACUGUGGCUACGAAUCUUAAGUCUUCUCUUACCAACUGAAGCCAUAUUGUUCACCUCUGUGUUUGAAGUUUUUGUUUUUGUUUUUGUUUUUUAAAAAAACAAAACCCUGGUGCUUUUACUUCUGUUUCUGCUGAACUUCAGACUACUCUGUGGGAAAGUAAAUAAAACUAGAAGAGGGAUAAAUAGAAAGACUGAGAAACUAAACAUACCCUUGAGAAAAUGCUAUUUAUGCAGAGAACAGCGGCAAUGGAGGACACACUGUCGGAAAAUAUGGAUAUAUGUACAUCUGUACAUGUAUAUAGUGUAUAAUAUGUAUGUAUAUGUUAUUGCUCAUAUGCAGAAAUCUAUCCAUUUUCAGGCAGCCCAGGUGGAUCAGUUUUUCUACUGGAAAACCAUUUAGGACCAUUCAAAACCAUUAGGGACAAUACAUAGAGAAUCCUUGUUACAUGGGAAUUAAUUUGCUGACUUCUGAAGUCUACAUGGCCAAAUGAACAAAGUAUGAAACACAUUGAGUCUGUAAUUUCUGUGAUUCUGUUUACUCAGAAGUCUAUAUUUGAAUUCUUUUGUAUGUGUCUGUGUUUGGAUUUUUUGUUUUUGUUUGUUCAGACAGUGUCCCUCUAUGUAGUUCUGGCUGUCCUGGGACUCACUCUAUAGACCAGGCUGGCCUUGUACUCACAGAGAUCUGCCUGUUUCUGCCUCCUGAGUGCUGGGAUUAAAGGCCUGUGCCAUCAUGCCCAGCUCAUAUUUGAACGUUAAUAUCUGAUUUUCAAACUGCGCCAACACUUCAUGGUUUUGAGUGAUCCCUUCCCCCAAAGCCUUUUGAGAAUUUGUGGUGGGCUUCUCUGGCCAUUCAGAUAAAAGGCCUUAUCCAUAAGAGGACAGGUUUCCCCAUAGGGACCAUUACACAUAUACAUAGAAGUACAUACUUCCAUCAGGCUUGUGACAAUUGAUUUAAAAUCACUCCACAGUAUUGGUAAAUAGCUCUAUAUUUUCAAGGUGCAGAAGAAUUCCACAGCCUUAAUUAUUUCAGUGUCUUGCUGGUCUGCCUUAAGUGUACCUUCUGGGGUUUUUGGGUUUUGGUUGUCUUAUUAUUUUAACUUUUCCUGCAGUUGUUCAUUUUGUAUGCACAUGAUGUUGUUUUGUAAAGGUAGGUUGUAAAUAUUUUAUUUGUUAAGUCUGACUCACUCCUGUGUAAUGUUGUAAAGUGCUGACCUGCUGUCUUGUUAUUAUUACUGCAGUAAACGUUAUGAGUUGUGGAUGAAACUUCAAAAUGUACAUUUCACAUGUUAUGCAUUCCUAUAAAUAUAAUAUACUGAAGAUA